CGUGGUGGGCCUUCUGGACUGAAACAGAGCAGGAGACAGAGUACCACAUUGAGCAUCAUCAGUGCAGCUCAAAGCCAGAAAGACUCUCCAGACUUUUAGAAAAUUAUCAGUUACUAACCUCUUCAGAAGCUAACUGCUGCCCAGCCAUGAGGGUUUUCAACCUGCUCUACCUGCUCCUGCUGCUCGUAGUCGUUGUAGCAUCAGUCUCCUCCGCACCAGUCUCCACCGGCAGACCAGAUUUCCUCUACCUAAGGAGAAAAUACCACAGACACCACUACUGCCCCCACAGAAGAUGCAUGCCUCUCCACUCCAGAGUACCCUUCCCCUAAGGUUGAAGAACAAGAAUGAGGGUGACCUAAGGAGAGAAAUGUGAAUAUGAAGCAACUGCAGUGUGUGGCCCAAACACCAUGGAUGGGUCCCAGUACAAAGACAUAGAUUGUGAAGUGGAGGAGACAUCAUGCCAAUGCCCUCCAAAGACACAGAAAGAAACUGUCUUUAUUCCCAACAAAAUAUAAACCAAGCAUUGUUUUGGCAUCCUGGUGGACACAGAUCUGGGUUUGUCCAGUUGCAAGCGUCUUCCCUCUUCGUCUUCAAAAGCCGAUGCUCUUGUACUGAACAAGAACAAGGGAAAAGGAGCUACAACAACACAAGUAUAUUCGACGCUCGACUUAAAAGCUACGGACCAAAGAGCUGGAAACAUCUUAGUGGCUGCAGCUACGAUGAACAGCAUCCACAGUAUUCCUACAAAGUGUUUAUUAUGCAUGUAUGCACUUGAAAUGUUUAUUGACUUAUGUUUUAAACUUUUUAAUAAAAAUAUAUUGAUGUAG